AUGGAGCAAUCAGAGAAUCAAAAGGAAUUACCAUUAUUACCAAUUGAAAUUAUACAUAAAAUUAUUAACUACUUAAAUGUCAUAAACAAUGAUCAAUAUCCUUUUCAAUUUAAUCAUAUAAACUAUUUAUUAAAAAUACCUAUUAUACAAACUUAUGUGGCACAAAUCACUUUACCAAUAUUAGAAAUUAAUUCAAAACAUUAUAUUAAAAAAUUUUACAAAACAAAUGAUAAUAACCUAGAUGAUGAACUUCAUAGUAAAGUCAAGAACUUCAGGUCAAGUUAUCAACUAAUCAGUUUUUUAAAAAAACUAAAUUAUGUUCCUCAUAAAAUCAUUUGUUCAUUGAAAGAUGCAUUGGAGAUUUUUGAAUCAAAUUUAUUUAAAAACAACAAGACUUUGAUAAAUCAAAUUAUAUUCGAAAUAAGUAUUGAUAAAAAUGACACCGUGGAAGCAAUGAAUAAUUUUUUACAAGUGGUACCACAAAUCUUCAAAUUGAACAUGAUAGGGGGAACUCAAUUACUCAAUUAUGAACCAGCCAUAUUAAACAGAGUUCAACAUUUGACAUGUCUUUUAAAAGAUUCUAAGUUCUAUUUACCAAGCCUUCCAAUUAAUUUACAAACUUUAUCAAUCUCAAAUUAUCAACCAGGUUUUAAUGAAGUACCCAGAAACUUAACUAAAAUUAGACUUGUGGAUACUAAUAUAAAUGAUCUAAUGUUACCAAUAACUAUAAAAGAAAUCCAAUUAGAAGAUCUAAAAUUAAGUCAUUCAAGAGUAAAUUUAUCACAAUACCAAUAUUUGAAACUGUUCACAUAUAAGGGGAAUUUAGAUAGUAAAAAAAUCUUACAAUUAUCAAAAUUUGAAUUACCGACCACAUUAAAAAACUUAACAAUUCAAUGUUCAAAUAUAUAUGGAUUAGAUAAUUUAUUAAGUCAUAAAAAUUUACGUAAAUUGAAACUAAUCGAUUGUCCCAAUUUAUCAUUAUUUUUCAAAUAUAAAUUCCCCGAUAAUUUGGAAGAACUUGAAUUUAGUUUUAUAAAUUGUCAAUUGAAUAUUCCACAAGAAGAUUUUUUUGUUUCAGAUUUUUUAAUACCAGAUGAAUCCUCACCUUUACAAACUUUCAGAGAUAGGUCAGGUACUUACUUGAUUGUUGAUCAAGAUUUUAAGUUACCUCAACUGCUAAAGAAGUUGAUUUUUAAAAAUUUAAGUUAUGUUUGUUUGUCUGUUGAAAUAUAUUUACCAAAUUUGAAAGAACUAUAUAUAAAAAACUUAUCAAACUACAGGAUCGAAAAAAUUCUACAUAAUUGUCAUACAAAUUUAUUUAGUUUAAAUAAAUUAACGAUUUCAAAUUGUGGAAUUGAAGAGAUUAUAGAUUUGAAAUUUCCUCCAAACUUAACAUUUCUAGAUUUAUCUCAAAAUAGGAUAAAAUUAAUCAAGAAUACAAACUUAAAACAUCUACGAAAUUUGAAUACAUUAUCUUUUUUCAAACAUUCAUUUAGUUCAAAUAAUGAUUUUGAACUUCCUUUAGGUUUAAAAGAAUUGGAUUUAAGUUUUGGUUAUUUAAAUUAUUUUAACUUUGUUGAACAAAAAAAUUUGAUGAAUGUGAAUUUAAAUAUUAAACAAGAUUUCAAUUGGCAAGAUUUACCUCCAAGUCUACAAUUUAUAAACAUAAUUUUUCAAGGUCAGAAGAUUCACGGAUCUAUCCUGGAAUUUACAAAUUUAAAAUCAAUUGAAUUAACAUCCUGGUUCAAUAAAUGCAGAGUAGAUGAAGAAUGUUUCAAAAACUUUGAACAACUAAAUAGUUUGCAUGAUAUUUCAUUUAACGGUGUAAAUUUAAAUAACACUGAGUUUAUAUUACCAUCAUCAUUAAAAACUUUAACAAUUUUACAUUCAGCGCAUGACAAUUAUUUGAAUUCAUUCAGUUUGAAACAAUGCAAAUAUUUAGAGUCUUUGAAAUUGAAAAAUAUAAAUGUUGAUGGUUUCAAUUUUGAUGAUCUUUCUCCAACUUUAGAGAAGUUAGAAUUAAUAAAUACAAAAUUCAAUCAAAUUGCGGGCAAUUUGGAUCAUUUGAAGAAUUUACAGAAGUUGAACCUAACAAGUUCAUUUAGCGAGCACUUACAACAAAAUUUGACUAUCCCGAACUCAUUGAAUAUCUUGAUAUUGAAUUACAACCAAUUAGAUUAUGUUCUGACAAUCAAUAAAAUCAUAAAUUGCAAAUCAUUAGAAAGUUUACAUUUAAUAAGAAGUACAAUAUCAACAAAACAUUUUCAAAACUUGUCAAAAACAACUAAAAAUCAAUAUAGUAUUAAUAAUUUAGAAUCAUUCACAGAAGAAAAAUACUUUAAUGAAUUUGGUAUAUCUCAAGAAAUUAAAAACUUGUUUAAUAAUAUUUUUAGAUUAACUUCUAUUUCAACUCCAUUAAAUUUUUUCAUUUAUGAUAUUUUGAAGAGUGGUCGUAAUUUGAAAGACAUAUAUUUGGUUGAUACAAUUGCAAACGUAUUACAAACUGGAUUUAAUAAUGAUAUUAUUAAAGGUGAAUAUCAAUGA